AUGUCAAGCCCUGAUUACUACAAGAUUCUAGGUAUCGCCCAAGAUGCCACCCAGCAACAGAUCCGCAGCGCAUACAAAAGGGAAUCCCUAAAGUCCCAUCCCGACCGAGUCCCCGCCGACUCGCCCGAACGACCAUCCCGCACUAAGAAAUUCCAAGCCAUAAACGACGCUUACUACACUCUCUCCGACCCCGCACGUCGCCGUGAAUACGACUCCACUCGCGUUUUUGAAAGCGAAGAACCAGAAGAAGUACCCCCCAGUGGCUCUGGCUCUGGCAGCGGCUUCUCUUGGUCUAACUUUGGGUUUGGUGGUAAUCGCGAUGAUCGCGAUAGCGCUCAGUUCGGCUCUGUCUUCGAGGAGAUGUUGAGAGAGGAAGGUCUCGCGGAGGAAAGUGAUGGCCAGGGCGGCAGAAGAACUCGUCCCACAGGGAGGUUCUGGGCUCUGGUCGGUGGUGUUAGUGGGGGCGCCAUGGGUUUCAUUGUUGGCAAUUUCCCCGGUGCGCUGGCUGGUGCUGUCGCAGGUAAUCGUCUCGGUGCGGUUCGUGAUGCCAAGGGUAAAAGUGUCUAUGAGGUUUUCUUGGACCUUCCUACCCCUGAUCGGACAAGGCUCUUGAGUGAGCUUGCUGCGAAGGUUUUCCAGUCUACCAUGGGCCACUGA